UGGAAGAAAAAGGAAAACAACUACAUUCCACAACAUUAGCCCCCAUGCACUGAGCUUUGCCGCCUGUGUAGCAGACCAGCCUCCAGCCACCCCUCUGUCAUCUUAUUUUUAUCAUUUUUCAGCGUCACAUCCCCCUGGCUGGAGGAAUGUAGGGACGGAGGGAUUUAAAAAUAGCAUCCUCUCCUCUGACACUCUGCUCAGGGGGCUCCGCAGCACUGUGGUGCGAGAAGCAGGAAUGCGAAGAUGGCUGCAGACCUCGGAGAGCUGCUGGUCCCAUAUAUGCCCACCAUCAGAGUGCCCAGGACCGGGGAUAGGGUUUUCAAGAGCGAGUGCGCCUUCUCCUUCGACUCUCCCGAGUCAGAGGGAGGCCUGUAUGUGUGUAUGAACACAUUCCUCGGCUUCGGACGAGAACAUGUUGAGAGACAUUAUCGCAAAACAGGACAGAGCGUUUACAUGCACCUCAAACGACACGUCAAAGAGAAAAAUACAGGAGCUGCAGGAGGCGCCAUCCCCAGACGAAAGAAUGGAAAAGUGUUUCUAGAUUUAGAGCUAAACCGUGAUUUUAACGGAGAAGACUUUGAAUAUGAAGACGAGGCCAAGCUUGUCAUUUUUCCAGACCACUUCGAGAUCCCCUUACCAAAUAUUGAGGAGUUGCCCGCUCUGGUCACCAUCGCCUGUGACGCAGUGCUCAAUGCACCUUCAGCUUACAAGAAGCAGGAGCCUGAAUCCUGGGAGGAGGAGAUCCAGGUGUCCAGACAUGCCAGGAGCCUCAGACAGCUGGAUAAUGCGGUCAGGAUCCCACCCAGUGGCUGGAAGUGUCAGAAGUGUGAGAUGAGGGAAAACCUGUGGCUGAACCUGACAGACGGAACAGUGCUCUGUGGGAAGUGGUUCUUUGAUGGGAGCGGGGGAAAUGGCCAUGCUCUUGAGCACUACAAAGAGACCAAAUACCCGCUAGCUGUCAAAAUGGACACCAUCACACCAGAUGGAGCAGAUGUGUACUCAUUUGAGGAGGAGGAAGCAGUUUUGGACCCCCACAUAUCAGACCACUUGUCACACUUUGGAAUAGACAUGCUACAGAUGCAGAAAAAAACAGAGAACGGUCACCACACAGACAAUAACUCCCGGCCGCGGGUCAGUGAGUGGGAGGUGAUCCAGGAGUCGGGCAUGAAGCUGAAGGCGGUGUUUGGGUCUGGCUACACGGGCAUCAAAAACCUGGGCAACAGCUGCUACCUGGGCACGGUGAUGCAGGUCCUGUUCAGCAUCCCAGACUUCCAGAGGAUGUAUGUGGGUAAUCUCCAGAGGAUAUUUGACUAUUCACCCCUUGACCCCAGCCAGGACUUUGCUACACAAAUGGCUAAACUGGGACAUGGACUGCUCUCAGGCCAAUACUCCAAACCACCCAUGAAAUCCGAGCUCAUUGAACAGGUGAUGAAAGAAGAAUACAAGCACCAGCAGAAGGGCGUCUCCCCCCGAAUGUUGAAGUCUCUGGUCAGCAGGGCACACCCAGAGUUUUCCUCUUCGAGACAACAAGAUGCCCAGGAGUUCCUCAUGCACGUCAUCAAUAUUGUGGAGAGGAACAGUGCAGGCUCAGAGAAUCCGAGCGACGCCUUCCGCUUCCUGGUGGAGGAGCGACUUCAGUGCUGCCAGUCUCGUCGGGUCCGUUACUCUCAGCGGGUCGACUACUGCAUCCAGCUGCCAGCUCCCUUUGAGGCGGCCACCAAUCGAGAGGAGCUGCUGGCGUACGAGGCCAAGCGAAGGGAAGCCGAGGAGAACAUGCGGGCUCCUCCUGAGCCGGUUCGAGCCCGGAUCCCCUUCACCGCCUGCCUGCAGGCCUUCACAGAGCCGGACAAUGUCCCCGACUUCUGGAGCUCAGCGCUGCAAGCCAAGUCAGCCGGAGUCAAAACUUCCCGUUUCGCCUCCUUCCCAGAGUAUCUGAUUCUGCAGAUUAAGAAAUUUACAUUUGGGGUUGACUGGGUGCCAAAGAAACUAGAUUUGGCCAUUGAUGUCCCAGACUUUCUGGAUUUGAGUCGGAUGCGGGCCACAGGGCUGCAGGCCGGUGAAGAGGAGCUGCCUGACCUCCUGCCUCCCAUCGUGCUACCUGAAGACACCAGAGAUAACUCCAUGGGCUCUGCAGACUCUCCAGAAAUAGAUGAGGCGGCAGCAAUGCAGCUGGCAGAGAUGGGCUUCCCGGUGGAGGCGUGUAGGAAGGCGGUCUACUACACGGGCAAUAUGGGUCCCGAGAUGGCCUUCAACUGGAUCAUAGCCCACAUGGAGGAGCCCGACUUUGCAGAACCUCUCACACUGCCCUCCAUGAUAGAUCUCGGUCCCUCCAUCAGCGACAGCCCCAUGGGCGCCACCCCGCUGGGAAACUCGCCCCCUGAGGAGAGCAUCGCCAUCCUCACUUCGAUGGGCUUCCCGCGCACUCACAGCAUCCAGGCACUCAAAGCCACGAAUAAUAACCUCGAGCGAGCACUCGACUGGAUCUUCACCCACCCUGAGGAGGAGGAGAGUGAUGUCCUUUCAGACAUGGCCGACACGGAGCCCAACGACAACGCCUUCUCCAACGCCAACUCACACAGCAACUCCACGAUGUCCCCAGACAGAGACGCAGCAGGCCCACGGGUCAAAGACGGACCGGGACGUUAUGAGCUCUUCGCUUUCAUCAGUCACAUGGGAGCAUCCACAAUGUCUGGACAUUAUGUUUGUCACAUCAAGAAGGAAGGAAGGUGGGUGAUCUACAACGACCACAAAGUGUGUUUGUCAGAAAGGCCUCCAAAAGACUUGGGCUACAUCUACUUUUACCAUCGACUGUCAAUCAGUUAAACUAAAGUUACUGCCCCCCGUAACCCCCCUCCACCAUGCAACCUUUCAAAGAACCGCGGUCUUUCCCCCCCGAAGACUGGCAGGCAACUUUAGUAACAGCCGCCGUGAAAACGAUGGACCUCACAAGACCAGCUGCUCGCCUUACCGUGAUGUCAUGCCGGAGCAACCAGGAACCCCACUCAGAAUGGGAAAGCAAUGUGCUUUUUGUGCAUUUGUGUUUUGUUAUGCUUUGAAUGUGUAUAUUCAGUGUGUAUGUUAAAGAAAAUACAUUUUCUUGACAGUAUAGGUGCAGAGGGUUGUGCAAUUUCCACUUCUCUACAUAGAAUAACGUCACAUAUCAAAUACCAUUGUUCCUAUGCCUUUAGCUACAGUGCCAGUAUUUUCAAAGUGGUACAUUUUAUAAAUGUAUAUUGAAAUGGCUUCACUGCCAGCCCUGAAAUGCUCUGAAACUGCAACAACAAACAAGAAAUUCUGCUGCCAGUGGCUUUGCCUUUUUCAAUGUCUUUCAUCCCUAGGAAAUUGAAAGGAAUUCAAAUCUUUUGGUCGGAUACUGAAAGAAAUUACCAACAGAGUGAAUGCUCAGACUGUAGAGCACUAAGACGGCCGUGAACAAGUGUCAUUAGACGGUACAAUACAUUGCUAGUGGUUAAAAAAUGGCUGUACCCUGCCCUUACCUCUCCUGAGAGAUUACAUACAAGUUUUUCCAUUCUAAUACUGGUUAAGAGCUGAAAGCACUUUUUGGUUAAAACAAGUUCAUAUUUUGCAGAAGUUUUCUUUCAAGAAUCAGCUAAAAGCAAUUAUAUGUGAUAAUUCAAAUCUAAACUUCAGUUAUGCAAUGCUGUGCUUUUUUUUGUUGUAAGAUCCACAUCAGUGCUUGAAACGUUGUUUAUUAGUUUGCCCAAAUUACAAGAUGUUAGAAAAACUCUCAGCUGCACCAGUGUAUUCUUUUAUCACUGACAGAUUCAACCUGUGACACAAACGUUAAAAUGAAUGUUUUCCUCACCUGUUGCCACUUUUCACUGGUUGACUUAAAUAUGCAUCUGAAUUGUCAUCACAUCUAAAGCGAUAUAUGCAAUUACAACCAAAUUUACUGUGGUAGAGCUGUGGUGCAGUGCUGAAUGUAUGACUCGAUGGUGCUCACAGCAACCAAAACCUCCUGUUCAGCUGAAACUCAACCGUUUGGUCUUUACAAAUAACCUCAUGCUGGAUUAUCCAUAUACACGAUACUCAUCUUCUUUAUAUACUCCGAGUGCCGGACAGAUUCAAUGCAGAUAUUGUGUGAUUAUUUGUGAAAUGCGGCCUCUGGCUUAAUCUUGUUUUACUUGUUGCAUCUAAAAAAAAGGCAUUGUUGGUAUUUUGUCUCAUGGGACAAACACAGUUUGGUGACCAUGGCAUGCGGUGUAUUGAAUUGAACAGCCAUCGAAUGCUGUUCAUUCAAUGGCUGCAUUUUGGAUACAUAUUUUAAUGGGGAGUUCUGCUUGAAAAUACACUUCUUGAAUGUUACAGUACUGUGCAUAAGUCGAUGCCUUUUACAUUUUUUUAAUCUUGGAGUCAUUAGCUCUCAUAUUCAAGAAGAUGGCAAUUAUUUGACAAUGAACAGACAUUUCCAAAUGUCAUUUUGAACAUUGAAACUGUGGAAAUUAGCGAGGUGAUAUAAUAGUCUUCAACAAUGUUUUUGAACAAUCUAAGUUAAUGCUUUCUAUGACCACUCAUCACAAAAAUCUUUAUGAAAAACGAGUCUAUAAGUCUAUAUUUUGGCAGUACUUCCCUUCAGAACUUUUGUUUUAUUAUAUCUCAACCCCUCAUUUUCGUCAGAUAGUUUUUGAUAAACUGCUGCAGUGUUUAAUGUCCAUGCAGCAGGGAAUUGUAAAAGUUCUCUAUGCUAGUCUUUUGUUCCUGCCGUUCUCCCUAUACAAAGUUUUGUUUGAUUCGUUGUCAAGAACCAAAUGUGUUAUGUCACACUGCUCUGUAAUCAGUGUCUCUGCUCGUCACCGUCAGUGGAAAAUACUCUUGCCGCCUUGCUGUAUGAAAUACUGUAUAGUCACAAAUGUCUUUAGGUGUUCUGUGCAAUGCAUUUAAUUUGUGUUUGUUUCAGCUUUCCCUCCAGCUUGGUCUUUGUUUUCCUAUGUUGUUAAAACGGUUCCAUUUUUAACAAAAAUGCUUUUUCACUGUCAGCAUGUGCACUAGACUUUGACAUUUAGUCAUUUGGAUUGUACAAUGGUACUUCUGUGGGUUGUAUUGUCUUUUUUUUCAUUUAACUAAAUGUCAAAAAAGGUUCCUCAUUUGUUUUCACUCUGUUGCCUUUUUGCAAACAAGUUUGUGCCAAUUCUGUAGUUUUCAUUACAUAGAUUUCCUGAUGGGAUUAUUUUAAGUUGACUUUUGUAAUGUAUGCUUUCAUCCAAAUGUGGCUUAGUUGUAUGUGAAUAGAGUCAUGACAGUAUUCUCAGUGGCACUGUUUACCUACGAUGUUUGGAUAAUUUAAUAAACUACACUUUUGUUGAGA